AUGGAUAUCUCGAAGACAUCGAAGGAGCCAAACUAUGCCGAAAAGGCAAGCUCUCCCGCAGAGCGAGACGACCUUUCCUGGGAAGAUCCUCGCGUGAAAGCGAUCAAACGACGAGUCGACAUUCGACUAUGCGGGAUUUUGUCCCUGAUGUAUAUCGCAAACCUGAUCGAUCGGACGAACCUGCCGAACGCCGUCAUAGCAGGCAUGGAAGACACCCUCCACUUGACCGGCACCAAUCGCUACACUGUCAUAGUGCUAGUCUUCUUCCCCAGCUACGUCCUCUUCCAACCCAUCGCAACGGUCCUCGCUCGGAGACUCGGCCCCCGUCCGUUCCUGGCGGGAAUCACCCUUGCGUUCGGGCUGGUCGUGUUGGGCUUCGGAUUCGUGGACGACUGGAAGAAGAUGGUGGGUCUUAGGGUGCUCCUAGGAGCAUUCGAGUCUUGCUACUUCCCUUCCGCUUACUUCUUGGUGAGCAUGUGGUAUGUGCGGCGGGAAGUCGCCAAACGUCUGGCGUUCUUCUUCCUCAUCGGGAACACUGCGGGAGGUUUCGGAGGCCUGCUUGCACACGGUCUGUCGCAGAUGGCGGGAGUCAAUGGGAUUGAGGGAUGGAGGUGGAUCUUCAUCUGGGAAUCAGUCAUCACUGUGAUCGUGGCUUUGAUCGGCUAUGUGUUCCUCGUGGACUUUCCCGAAGAUGCGUCAAAGACGAAGUUUUUCCUCAACGCCGAAGAGGUCAAAAUCAUGGUCGAACGGAUCGAACGCGAUCGCGGCGACGCUCACCUGACUCCUUUCAACCUCAAGCACUAUCUGUCUCAGGGGAAGGAUUGGAUGGUUUGGUUCUUCGCCGCCAAUGCUAUGCUCUCCGGAGUGACAGCAUACGCCGUCACAUACUUCCUUCCGAUCAUCCUCCGCAAAACGCUUCACUUCACUGUCGUAGAGGCGCAAUGUCUGACCGCUCCGUGCUUCGCAUUCGCCUUUCUUCUCGGCUUCCUUCAGUCCUACCUCUCCGACAAGUACAAUGUUCGCGGCGCCCUAAUAAUCAUCAACUCCAUAAUCGAAAUCAUCGGCAUCGCCAUUCUCGGCUACGCCAAAGCUCCCUACGUGCGCUACUUCGGCGCCUACCUCCUAACCGGCGGCGCUUUUUCCAACGUUCCCGCCGGCUUGACAUACCAAGCCAACAAUGUCGUCGGACAAUGGCGACGGGCAUUUACAUCAGCGAGUAUCAUUGCCGCCUCGGGUGUCGGAGGAGUGAUCGGGACUGUAGUGUUCCGGCCGCAGGACGCUCCGACGUACGGCCCGGGAUUGUUGACGUGUUUUGUGGCGGCAGGGCUUACGAUUGUGAGUGUUGUGGUUACGACGGUGUACAUGUGGAGGAUGAAUAAGAAGCAGGCGAGGGGAGAGGUCGUGAUUGAAGGAGUGGUGGGAUUCAGGUAUACAUUGUAA